AUGGAUCUGGGGUUCGUCUUCUUGGAGGAAGACAAAGUCGACUUGAGCUUGGUCUCCAUCAUUCCGGGGCUACAGAGACUGGGCAAGAAAAUUAAAGAUGGCGAAGAAGGUGCCGACCGACAUCAAGAAGAUGGUGACGAGAAAGCGAGUGUUGGUGAGUCUCCAGUUGUUGCGAGGCCUUAUCUCUCGGAGGCGUGGGAAUGGUGGGAGGAGAAGAGGAAGGAGGAUCCGUUGAUGAACUGGAAGGUUCCUGCUCUUGGGAACGAGACCGAGAUAAGAGAGAGUCUCAAAUGGUGGGCUCACACCGUUGCUUCAACUGUUGUUAGAUGA